ACAAUGCACCACGAGAAACCGGAAGUAGCUGGUUUCUGCAGUGCGGGACGUUUUGAACAAAUUUGGUAAAAAAAAUCGUCCUGGAAAAAUGCUACCUCUAUCAUUGCUGAAAACUGCUCAGAACCACCCCAUGCUGGUGGAGCUGAAGAAUGGUGAGACGUAUAACGGCCAUCUGGAGGCCUGUGAUAACUGGAUGAACAUCAAACUCAGGGACGUCAUCUGUACCUCACGGGAUGGUGAUCGUUUCUGGCGUAUGCCUGAGUGUUACAUCCGUGGCAGCACCAUCAAGUACCUACGUAUUCCUGAUGAGGUCAUCGACAUGGUGAAGGAGGACAUCGUCAGUAAACAGCGCACCAAACAGCAGGGCACCAGGGGCAGGGGACGUGGGGGGCCGGUACACAGAGGAGGUUUUGGCAGCAGAGGCCGUGGUGGACCAGACAAGAGAGGAGGGAGAGGAGGACCCAGAUAGAUGAUGUUAUCUUCAUCUUUCUGUUCUUCUACUUCAGUCUUACAUCAUGAUAGAUGAACAAAGAGUAGACAUGUCACAACUACUUAAGCCUAGUGUUAGGGACGUGACCUGA